AUGAGACAUAAAUCAAAUGGAUAAAAAAUAUUUAUAGAUGGAUCAAACCUUUUAUUAGAUGAUGAAUCAAUAUUCUCAUAUAGACCAAGAUUUUCAAAACAUAAAAAUUUCUAUGCUAAAAAACCUUUAUUUGAAUGUCAUUAUGUGACUCCAACUUAGAAACAUGCAAAAGAAAUUCUUGAUAAAAUAUGUCAUGUAAAUAAAAAAGCUUUGAUUACUGAGAGACCAGAAUCCUCUUUCUAAAAAAGAAAAGAAUUUUCAGUUGAUUAAUGUUUAACUACAAGAGGAUCAAUACAAAGAAAAUAGAUUAGGAUCAAAUCAAUAAACAGAUCAAAUAUUUAAAACAAAUUAUCAGAUUAAGAUUGGUUAGCAUUUGUAUUAGAUUGA